AGGGUUAAACCAUUAAUAAUAAAGAAAAUUGAAAAAUCAGAAAUAAGACCCACUCCAAAGCAGAGAAAGCACACCUUCCUCAUCUUCUCUCACAUUUCUUCACUUUCUCUCUCCUCCUGGUCGAUCUCACUCGCGCGAUCUUCUCAGUGGUUUUGAUUUCAAUGGCAUCAAUUGCAUCAAAGCUUCGUCAGUUGCAGUCCAAGGCUUGUCAGGCUACCCAGUUUGUCUCCAAACAUGGGGAAGUCUACUAUAAGCAGAUGCUAGAGCAAAACAAGGAGCACAUUCAAGAACCUCCAACUGUUGAGACAUGCAAUCGAUUGGCCAAGCAAUUGUUUUACACUCGUCUUGCCAGCUUACCUGGUCGUCGUGAGGCACUCCGGAAAGAAGUUGAUCAAGUAAAGCAGGCAUGGCAGAACAGGAAGGACGUGAAAGUUGAAGAACUUGGAGUCGCAGCUUUGUUUGGACUGGAAUGCUUUGCAUGGUAUUGUGCUGGUGAAAUCGUAGGACGGGGAUUCACCUUCACUGGCUACCAAGUUUAAGUUGAACGUCCACAUUAUGUGACUUGCUUUGAGACAAGUUGCCUUCUUUCCAUUCUCUUUUACCCCCAAGUGCGUAGUUGAGUUGAAGAUUUUUGAGAAAAACCAGACAUGAUGAGGAUUUUUGUAAUCGAAUCAAAGGGCUGAAGCUCAAUUCCCUUUGAAACAUGUCCCUCUUCCUCCCUCCCAUUUAGAUGAUAACACAUAAAAGGCAAACUUUAUAUUCUGAUAUUUGGCUGCUGAUUGCUGGUAAAUGCAAUGUAUUUGACAUUGAAUGGCUUAUUAGUGAAUAACUAUCUUCUUCAGGUCUGGUGAAAAA